AUGUGUGCGGUGAUAGAGAAGUCGUCGGGGGAAGCGUUGUCGUCGCCGGAGACGAAGAAGGCUAACUGGGGGUUUCGGUCGGAGAAGAAUGCCGGCAAUUUGAAGCUGCAGCCAACUAGGAAUUUGGAUUCCGGCCACCCGCCUGGAAUUCCGCUCCCUAAAACGAGAAGCUCCGUGGUGGUGUCUCCGGCGCCAGACGGACAUCAGUUUGAUGCAGCCGCCGUCAAAUUGCAGAAGGUUUACAAAAGUUACCGAACGAGACGGAAUCUCGCCGAUUGCGCUGUUGUCGUUGAAGAGUUAUGGUGGAAGGCGUUGGAUUUCGCCGCUCUACGGCGGAGUUCAGUGUCGUUUUUUGAGUCCGACAAGGCGGAAACCGCCGUAUCGAAAUGGUCAAGGGCCGGAGCAAGAGCUGCAAAGGUGGGUAAAGGCUUAUCAAAGAAUGGAAAAGCUCAGAAAUUGGCUUUGAGACAUUGGCUAGAAGCUAUCGAUCCACGUCAUCGCUACGGCCACAAUCUCCACAUGUACUAUAAUGUUUGGUUCCAAACUCUAAGCUCGCAGCCUUUCUUUUAUUGGUUGGACAUCGGAGAUGGAAAAGAGUUGAAUCUCGAAAAAUGUUCUAGAACAAUUCUCCAACGACAGUGUAUUCAAUAUCUAGGACCCAAUCAAAGGGAGGCUUACGAAGUGAUAGUGAAGGAAGGGAAGCUUGUAUACAAACAAAGUGGCAAUUUCGUAAAUACAGUGAAUGACUCCAAAUGGAUAUUUGUUCUUAGUGCUUCAAGAAAUCUGUAUGUGGGGAAGAAAGUUAAAGGCCAUUUUCAACACUCCAGCUUUCUCGCCGGAGCAGUCACCACAGCUUCCGGCAGACUGGUAGCUGACAGUGGCAUUCUCAGGGCUAUAUGGCCUUAUAGUGGCCAUUAUCAUCCCACAGAAGAAAAUUUCAUUGAGUUCACUGAGUUCUUGAAGGAGAACAAUGUUGACCUAACAAACGUUAAGAGAUGUGCAACAGACGAGGAUGUACCACCAAGUAACAGAGAGAAGGGAGAAACCGAUGAAACCACCGAGGAGGAGAAGGAAGUGACAGGGGGCGGUGACACCACCGAGAAAGCUGCAGCGCCGUCGGGAGAAGCGGCGGAAAUGGAAAGGCACUGCAAUGUGGUUCAACGAAGAAGCAAGUGGACCACAGGCGCCGGUCCUCGAAUAGGCUGCGUAAGAGAAUAUCCAACAAAGCUUCAAUUUCAGGCAUUGGAAAAGCUGAAUCUCUCGCCAAGAAUCACCUCUGUUCAACAGGCAUUCAACUCCAAUUUCCCAAUUCCAUCACCAAGGCCUAGCCCUAGAAUCCAUAUGUCCCCUAGGCUCGCUUGCAUGGUGCUCUCGAGCCCUCGAACGUCACAAUACUAGUUGUGUCGAGUUCAUGAGAUUAUUCAAGGAGGUGUAUUCUGUUGCAGGUAGAAGAGGAGAAUUGAUUUGAUAGUUUUAGAGGG